AAAAACCAUUACCAUAUGGCUCUCUCAAUUCUCUUCCUCUUUCUCUUUAAUUUCAUACUUCCAAGCUUCUCUCAUCCCUUCGACCCGCUAUCUCCGCUCGAGAUUCAAAUCGUCACCUCCACAAUCAAAUCCAAUUUCAACCUGACCUCGAGGCUCACUUUUCACUACGUUGGCAUUCACGAGCCUAACAAACAUGACGUCCUCUUGUGGCUUGCAAAUCCUCGAUCCUCGCCAUUGCCACGAAAAGCCUUUGUUGUGGCACGCGCUAACAAGCAGACUCAUGAGUUCUUAGUGAGUAUAGCAGAUGGUCAUGGCAUGAUUGUGUCACAGAGUGUGUACCGAGGGUCCGGUUUCCCAACAUUAACCUUUGAGGAACAAACGGAAGCUAUUGAUUUGGCUCUCAAAUACCCAUCAGUUGUAUCCUCCAUGGAGAAGAGAGGGCUGAAUGUUUCGAAUGUUGUGGGCUCCGUUUUUACUAUUGGGUGGUUUGGGCAGGCUCACAAUGAGACGCAACGAGUGGUCAAGGUUCUGUUUUUUUAUAAAGAGUCUACGGUCAAUGUUUGGGUAAGGCCCGUUGAGGGCGUUGAAACCGUGGUGGAUCUUGAUCAAAUGGUGGUCACGGACUUUCAAGACGUUCAACGUUGUGUUUUGCCCAAGAGUGAGGGGACUGACUACCGUGCUUCUAGUAUGCAGCCACCGUUUGCGGCCGAGACUAAGCCGAUUAAUGUCGUCCAACCGCUUGGUCCGAGCUUUGUCGUUAAAGGUCACACUGUCAGCUGGGCGAAUUGGGAUUUUCAUUUGAGCUUUGACAUGCGAGUCGGGAUCAUAAUAUCAACAGCGUCCAUAUACGAUGUUGACCAACGUAAAAAACGACAAGUUCUUUACCAAGGCAGCCUCUCCGAGCUUUUUGUGCCGUACCAAGAUCCAACGGAGGAGUGGUAUUACCGGACGUUUAUGGACGCCGGAGAGUUUGGGAUGGGGUCAGCGGCGGUGGAGCUUGAACCCCACCACGAUUGUCCGUCCAACGCCGUCUUCUUUGACGCCUUCCACGGCGGCCAAGAUGGAAACCCUGUCAAGUUGACCAAUGCUUACUGUAUGUUUGAGAAGUACGCCGGUAACAUUGCUUGGCGCCACACUGAGAGCGCAAUUCCAGGAGAAUUGAUAAGAGAAGUUCGGCGGGACGUGAGCUUGGUGAUAAGGACGAUCACGGUGAUCGGAAACUAUGAUUACAUCUUGGAUUGGGAGUUCAAGAAAUGUGGCUCGAUCAAAUUUGCGGUGAGUUUAACAGGAAUCAUGGAAGGAAAAACGACGCCACACAAGCACACAAGCGAGAUAAAGGAGGAAAUCUACGGCUUAUUAGUAGCUCAAAACACGAUAGGCAUAAACCAUGACCAUUUCCUAACGUAUUAUCUUGAUCUCGACAUCGAUGGGCAGGAGAAUUCUUUUGUGAAAGGCAAAUUGACGAGCUUUAAAACCGAUGGCUCCACGCCGAGGAAGAGUUAUUGGUCGGUGGUGAGAGAGGAGGCGAAGAAGGAGCUGGAUGCUAGAAACCUUCCGACCGAGCCAGUAGAGCUCUACAUCGUCAACCCAAACAAAGAAACUACAAUAGGGAACCAAGUCGGGUACCGUUUAAUUCCAGGACCAAUGCCCCGAUCACUCCUUUUGGAGGAUGAUUAUCCGCAGCGGCGAGGAGCAUUAUGUGACCAUAAUGUAUGGAUUACGCCGUAUAAUCGAUCGGAGAAAUGGGCCGGCGGUAUGUACGUCGAUCGUGGCCGUGGUGAUGAAACCCUUAACAUUAUAACACAAAGGAAUAGGGACAUCUGGAACAAGGACAUAGUGUUAUGGCACACCAUAGGGUUCCACCACCAUCCGAGUCAAGAUGAAUUUCCAAUAAUGCCCACGCUCUCUGGAGGAUUCGAACUCCGGCCUACAAAUUUCUUUGAAAGAAACCCAAUUCUCAAAAUGAAGGCCCCCUAAUAAGAAGCCUUGUUAUUUACCGCGGUUGUACCCUUAAUGUACGGCUUACGUGGAAUUAUAAUAAAUUCUCUAUUU